UAUGUAAUACUAUUAGAAACUGUAAUCAUUUUACGGACGAAUUGUGUAAACGACUAACGGGAAAAACACCUCCCGGAUGGAUCAAUCGAGCUGCUAAGCUAGGCACCAUGUUCCCUUGUGUUAUACCGGACGAGUGGAUCGAGCCACCAGAAUUUGAAACAGAAAGUAAGUAGCAAAACAACAAUUUGCAUUAAGUCAGAUGAGGAAAGGUAUAAAAGGGUGAGCUUUUAUAUAAGUGUGUUCCUUUAAAACUGAAUGCGUUAGCUACUAGCUACGGUGCAAUCGCCGACGUCUCUCGGCAGUAGCCAGCCAGUUUCACCGGCCAUGUCCUAUAGUUCUCGCACACCAUUAAAAGGCAGACGAACGAGCAACAGUACGCGGCAACAUCAACGUGAUAAUACCUUUAAUUCCAUCGCAUCCACGACAACAACCACUACCACCAGCAGACCUAUCAGUCCAUCGUCGUCGUCAUCCAACAACAACAACAACCAUUACACAGGUGGACGACACCAACAUCAUCCACAUCCAAGUCAAUCCAGUCCCACUUCACGCCAAUCUUCAACAUCUUUCGAGUUCCGCCAUCCAUACCACUAUCACCACAAUAACCAUCGACGAAGUUCUGUACCAGUGACACCUACGCGUCGACCCUCGGGCGAUAGUGUUGUUGUAGCGUAUCCAAGUUCACCUUUGGCAGAUGAUGAAUACAAUAUCGAUAAUCCGGUCAAGGAGCCCGACAGCUGUCGUCCAGAAGUGAUGCGAUCUGCAACACAGCUAUCAAUCAGUGCGUCUUUACAGGAAUUAGAUCGAUCUACGAGCAGAGGCCCGAGCUCGCCUGCUGACGAUCAUCCUGCUACUACUAUUACUGCUAUUAGUCCCACCAAUGCUACUGCUGCCACCGCUACUCCUACUACUACCACCACCACCACCACCACUACUACUACUAUUUCUUAAUAGAUUUGUUUAUUAACAAUGAAGGAACGCUGGAAAACUGGUCCUUCCAGUUCUCUUUUUAUUACUAUUCUAUCUUUUUACACGCAUAAUUAUUCACCCAUAUAUCCAUACCAGUAUUGUAUACUCCCUUCCCACAAAAAAUACUUGUUAUUCUUCUUUUGCUUAUAUUGUUUUAUUUUUCUAGUGGUAUUAUAUAUUGUUUAGAUCUGUCUUUUCUUUUUUCUUCUAUUCUGGUAGAUACA